AAACCUACCAGUUUAGUUAAAAUAAAACCAAGAAACGGGAGGCAAUCUCAAAUACUUGUUUCUGUUCUUAGAGAAUGCCAAUGCACCUGAGCUGGUAAUAAAAGCGCCACAGCCACUGCUUGAUCUUAUAUACAAUCCUCGAGAUCCACACCUUAUAAUCGGCGGAAUGAUGAAUGGACAGGUUGGUCAUAGUUUAGGAAACAUAGCUAAUCAUUUAAAAUAUUGGUAUUUCUAGUGUUUAUUUGAGUUUGUAGGUUGGGUGGUGGGAUACAAGGAAAGGUGGGGAUCCCGCUGGAGUUUGCCCACCUCACGUUGCCCAUCGUGACAUAGCCCGAAAUGUGCUUUUUAUAAAUUCCAAAAUCGGAGCUGAAUUUUUCUCAUCAUCACCGGAUGGUGUUGUUAAAUGGCAAGUAUAAAGUUUAGUACCACCAACCAAUCAAUAAAGAAAAUCUAUUACAUCAGUUUUCGGUUUCUAGGUGGGAUACACGAAAUAUGAGUGAGCCGACAGACUCAAUGAUCAUCGAUAUUGUAAAAGCUGUAACUGAUACGCCGUCCAUUGAUAACGCCAUUGGGAUAUCAGCACUUGAAUAUGAGCCAACGAUACCAACGCGGUAAACAAUGAAAAUCCAUGGUGAUAUAAUAUUCAUAAAAAUGUCGUAACACACCAUAAUAAAACAAGUCUUAAUUUCGUAAUUUGUCUAGGUUUAUGGUUGGGACAGAAACUGGUUUAGUAAUUGGAGGUAAUCGAAAAGGAAAAAAUGCUGUAGAAAAACUUCCCACUAAGUACGAAGCACACUUUGGUCCUGUGUACGCCUUGCAAAGGAACCCGACAUUUGUCAAAAACUUUCUAACAGUUGGGGAUUGGACUGCUCGUGUUUGGAGCGAAGACUGUCGAGAAUCUGCUAUCCUGUGGACAUAUUCACAUCGAACGAAACUCACUGAUGGUGCAUGGAAUCCUAUCAGAUUUUCAUUGAUGCUUGUCACACAGUGGGAUGGAUGCCUCUCUUGUUGGGAUUUGCUAAGAAGAAGAAGCGCCCCGUUGGUAACAGCACAGCUUUGUGAUGAGCCCUUACUCCGUCUGCGGCCACACGAAGGAGGUUUACUAGUAGCAUGCGGCAGUAGUAAAGGAACUGUUUACUUAGCUGAAUUAUCAGAAAAUCUUGGUACAGCAGACAAAAAUGAUAAACAAUUACUGACACACGUUUUAGAUCGUGAAAACAAAAGAGAACGUAUAUUAGAAGCUCGGAUGCGAGAACUGAGAUUGAAAAUGCGUCAAGGUGGUAACGUUAACGAGCCGGCCGUGGAAAGUGACCCAUCGAUGAACGAUAGAGAUUUGGAGGAGGCCACCACAGAGUAUAUGCAGACUAUUAACGACUUACAAGCACAGCAGAAAACAGAGGGCUAGUUUAUACAACCAAAAUGUAAUAUCACGCC